CGAAAAUAUGUCGAACCUGUUUAACGGAAUCAACAAAAAUGCAUUCAAUUUUUGAAAAUAGAUUACAUGAAACUAUAAUGGCAUGUGUUUCAGUAAAAAUUUCUUUCAAUGAUGGUUUACCAGAUAGUUUAUGUGAUAAUUGUUAUGAAAAAAUUGAAGAUUUUCAUAAAUUUAAACAGCUUUGUGUCGAAUCAAAUGCUAAAUUACACGAGAUGCAACAUAAAACAAUGCCAUCUUCAAAUGAAGACGUGAAUUUAAACACCCGCAAAUGUGAAUAUAAGCCUUUAAAUAAACUAGAGAAAACUGAUAAUAAAAAAUCAAUUUUUUUCAAAGAAGAUUGUUUCGUUAAUUAUCAAGAUAAUACAUACAAAUGUCGUAUUAAGACCGAUGGACAAUCAUAUGUAUGUUCAAUUUGUUCCAAUACCUUAGAUUCAAAACAGUCUUUAAAAAAGCACAUCGUAACUCACCUUAAAACGAAACUUUAUUUUUGUGAUAAAUGUGGAAAAGGAUAUGUCGAGGAGAGAAGUCUUAUCAAGCAUAUGCGACAUCAUACAAUUAAAUCUAAGGACAAAAGUUCUACAUCAGAAAAUAGACACGAAUGUUUAGUUUGUGGACAAAGAUUCGGCGGACGUUUUCACUUUAAUAUGCAUAUGAGAACACACAUUGUUAAAAAAUCACAUAUUACAGGCUCGACAAAAAAUCAAUCAGAAAAUCUUGGUCCACCAUAUAAUUGUACUCGUUGUAAUAAAACGUUUAAAAGUAAAAUGAAUUUAAUACAACACAUACGGAGGCAUAAUGGUGAAAAACCUUUUGUUUGUGCUAUAUGUGGAAAAGCAUUUGUGACGUCUAGUGAGCUUAAAGGACAUGAUCGAAAACAUAAAGGAAUUAAAUCCAAACAUGUUUGUGAAAUUUGUGGCAAAGAUUUUGCCGCAUCAAAUGCGCUCCAAAUACAUAUGCGUAAACAUACUGGAGAAAAGCCAUUUUCAUGUGAAGAAUGUGGACGAUCUUAUAAAGAAAUUGGAACAUUACGAAAACAUACUAGGAUCGCACACAAAAAACAUGGAAAUAAACAAUUUAUAUGCGAGAUUUGUGGACGUGAAACAAUAUCUCCAAGUGCUCUGGUGAUACAUAUACGUAUUCAUACAGGUGAAAAACCGUUUUUAUGCGCAGAAUGUGGACGUGAAUUUAUAUCACAAGGGAGACUUAACAAGCAUAAAAAAUCACAUAAAGAUGUCUUUUUAUAAU